UGUAAAGAAUUGUUGCUUAGAAAUUCAGUUUUACUAAAACUAAUUAGAGAAGUUAUUUAAAAUAUAAAAUUUUCCUCUAUAAAAUUAUCAUUUAGAUUUCAUUUUUCACUUUUUGGCAAAUUGAUUAUUAAAAAUAUCACACCAUGUCUGAGGAAUCUUCUCAACAAAUACAGCAAGACAACCGCGAUCGUUCUAAAUCCACUGAAGAUAAUGAAAGUCCACGAGAACCCUCCCUAGUAUGCAGAGACAUUGAUAUUAAAACAGAAUUAGAAUGUCUUGUGAAGUUACUUGAUGGAAAAAUUUAUAAAGACGAGGAGGUUUCAAUGGAAGAACUACAUCAAUAUUUAAUUGAGGAUGAUGGAUCAUGGUCGUUAGGAGAUAAUUUUUUAGUUUUUGUACAACGUGUUUUGCGCGAACAGUCAUUUUCGCCUGAUACGAGAAUACAUUUGAUACGUACACUAGCUUACGCAGCACUUAAAGAUGACGUCAUAAUUAUAUUACAUCAGGAUCGUAGGGAUCAUUCGUUGAUGAACUUUGCUCAGGAUAUUGAUAAACAUACACCUGAAGAACAGCAGGCUUGGGCCAUGUUUAUGUGCAAUCUUUUUGAAAAUGUUGGCCCUUCAGAAUGGUUACUAUAUAUAUCAGAAUGGGACUAUAACGGACAAACGCUUUCAAAUAUACGUGUAACGACAAAAGUUACAGUCCAUUGUAUAUUAUCGAAUUGUCCUCAAUUAAAAAACAUUGGUUCAAUGAUUUUAUACAAUAUUGCAAUUAAAGAAGUUAAGACGGUUGUAUUUGAUGAUGUAGCAGUAGAAUUAACUAUGGCUGUGCUACAAUUCUACCAAAGUAGUCCUAAUGAAGAGCAAAUAUUUCGUACUCUAAAAGCACUUGUAAGAUUUCUUGAGGUAUCUGCAGAUGUGGCAGCAAUAAUUCAAAUGAUUGGUCCUCAUCCAAAGCAAUUUACUGGAAAAAGUGAUCGAAUUAAUGAGCUGCUGAAUGUUAUUUGUCGAAAAGUUCCUUUAUAAUAUACAAAAGUCUAAGUUUUUUAAAUUCUAUUACACUCUUAGUUUGUAGAAUGUUCAAAUUUUUUUACA